GAAGAAACCCAAGCAAAAAUUUUAAAAAAAAAAAAAAAAGAAAAGAAAAGAAUUUAAAACAAAGAAAAAUGAACGCGUUCACCAUUGAAAAGAACACGAGUCGCACCGGAUAAUUUCCCCAUUUACACAGAUGUUCGGGUAAAAAACUAAAACUGACAAGGACACCGGCGUUAACCUGCCCCGCCACCGUAUUCAGCCGCCACUUCAUUGAACAUAACGUCAUUGUAGUCUCCGGCAACUUACAAGGUACAUAUUUUGUUGUACUCCUCGAUUCUGAUCUCCACUUCUCCCCCUCUCCGCUCGCUCUCCUCCUCAAAUCUCGUUUAGCUACUUCCUGCGAUCCCGCUCCGUCUGGUUAAUUUCGGUUGGGAGAAAUUGACCUUUGCUUAAUCUUCCAUUGUAGGGUGUAGCGACACCAUUUCUUCAACAAAUACUUGAAGAGGUUUGUUUCAGAUGAAAGAGAGCAAGGAUAGUACAAAGACCGCCAAAACAGGAAAAUCUUCCUCUGACGAUUCUUACCCACUUGUUCUAAACAUAGAUGACUUUAAGGGGAACUUUUCGUUUGAUGCCUUGUUUGGCAACUUAGUUAAUGAGUUGUUGCCUUCGUAUCAAGAGGACGAGACAGAAUCAGCAGAAGGCCAUGGUACAGCAUCUGAUUUGUCAAAUGGAAACUUGCGAUUUGCAUCAGAUCCAAGCAAAUCAACUCCGAUGUUCCCGGAGGUUGAUGCUCUACUGUCUUUGUUCAAGAAUUCCUGCUCGGAGUUGAUUGACCUUAGAAAGCAGAUCGAUGGAAAACUCUACAAUCUCCAGAAAGAAGUAACUAUUCAAGACUCUAAACACCGCAAGACCCUCGGUGAGCUUGAGAAAGGUGUGGAUGGCUUGUUUGAUAGUUUUGCGCGGCUAGAUUCGCGUAUAUCAAGUGUUGGGCAAACCGCAGCCAAGAUAGGAGAUCAUCUACAGAGUGCAGAUGCUCAGCGUGAAACCGCCAGUCAAACAAUAGAGCUAAUUAAGUAUCUUAUGGAGUUCAAUAGUAGCCCGGGUGAUCUAAUGGAGCUUUCACCUCUUUUCUCUGAUGACAAUCGUGUUGCAGAGGCUGCUUCCAUUGCACAGAAAUUACGAUCAUUUGCUGAGGAAGAUUUGGGAAGACAAGCAGUGACUGUGGCUUCAGUUGGAAAUGCAACAGCAAGCAGGGGACUGGAAGUUGCAGUUAACAAUCUUCAAGAAUAUUGCAAUGAGCUGGAGAACCGAUUAUUGAACAGGUUUGAUGUAGCAUCACAGAGAAGGGAAUUGUCUACCAUGGCUGAAUGUGCUAAAAUUUUGUCGCAGUUUAACAGAGGAACUAGUGCUAUGCAGCACUAUGUGGGACUUCGCCCAAUGUUUGACGUGGAGGUUAUGAAUGAAGAUGCUAAGAUAGUUAUAGGUGACCAGGGUUCUCUGCCUAGUCCUAGUAAUGUUGCACGUGGUCUAUCUUCGCUGUACAAAGAUAUCACUGAUACGGUACGCAAAGAAGCUGCUACAAUUACAGCAGUUUUCCCUUCUCCAAACGAUGUCAUGUCAAUAUUGGUCCAGCGUGUAUUGGAGGACAGAGUGCCAAAACUUCUUGAAAAGCUUUUGAUCAAACCAUCUCUUGUUAAUCCGCCUGCAAUGGAAGAAGGAGGACUUAUAUUAUAUCUGAGAAUGCUUGCUGUGGCAUAUGAGAAAACACGAGAGCUAUCAAAGGACUUGCGUGCAGUGGGAUGUGGUGACUUGGAUGUUGAAGGUCUCACAGAGUCUCUGUUUCUUCCCCACAAAGAUAUCUACAUUGAGUGUGAACAAGCAUCUCUGAGACAACUUUAUAAGAAUAAGUUGGAAGAACUUCGUGCUGAAAACCAACAAUCAUCUGAAUCUAGUGGGACAAUUGGUCGCUCAAGAGGAGCUUCAAUUACCUCCUCUCACCAACAAAUAUCUGUUACUGUGGUGACGGAGUUUGUGCGGUGGAAUGAGGAAGCCAUUUCCCGAUGUACAUUAUUUACACCACAGCCUGCAGCACUUGCAGCCAAUGUCAAAGCCGUUUUCACGUGCCUUCUUGACCAAGUAAGUCAAUAUAUCACUGAAGGACUUGAAAGAGCCAGAGAUAGUCUUACUGAAGCCGCUGCUUUAAGGGAAAGGUUUGUACUUGGAACCAGCGUCAGUCGACGGGUUGCUGCAGCUGCUGCUUCUGCUGCUGAAGCUGCUGCUGCUGCUGGUGAAAGUAGUUUCAGAUCUUUCAUGGUGGCUGUGCAACGUUGUGGAAGCAGUGUGGCCAUCGUACAGCAGUACUUUGCCAACUCUAUUUCCCGACUUUUACUACCGGUGGAUGGUGCUCAUGCGGCUUCAUGUGAAGAAAUGGCAACAGCUAUGUCAAGUGCUGAGGGUGCCGCUUAUAAGGGUCUUCAACAGUGUAUUGAAACUGUCAUGGCCGAGGUGGAGCGGUUGCUAUCAGCUGAGCAGAAAGCUACUGACUAUCGGUCCCCCGAUGAUGGAAUUGCUCCUGAUCAUCGGCCCACAAAUGCCUGCACAAGGGUGGUAGCUUACCUUUCACGUGUGCUUGAAGCUGCAUUUACAGCCUUGGAAGGUCUCAACAAGCAAGCUUUCCUGACGGAGCUGGGGAACCGCUUGCACAAGGUUCUUCUUAAUCAUUGGCAGAAGUUUACUUUCAACCCUAGUGGUGGUCUUCGUCUGAAGCGUGAUAUAACUGAGUAUGGAGAGUUCGUUCGCAGUUUUAAUGCUCCUUCAGUUGAUGAGAAAUUUGAGUUGUUGGGCAUAAUGGCAAAUGUUUUUAUUGUUGCCCCUGAAAGCCUGUCGAGUCUAUUUGAAGGAACCCCAAGUAUUAAAAAGGACGCACAGAGGUUUAUUCAACUUAGAGAUGACUAUAAGAGUGCCAAACUUGCUUCUCGGCUCAGCUCCUUGUGGCCUAGCACUUGAGAGCCAAAAGGGCGUGGUGAAUCUUGUGGACUCAGAAUUGGUGGUACACAUGCAGCUCUUUCAGACCACAUCUGGAUGAAUCGGUCGAGUAUAUUUUUCGGUUCCAUGAGGAAAAUCUUAGACAGUUCAAUUGACUUCUGUAAAGCUUCGAAUGCUCUAUUCCUUGUUGGCUGACCUUUUCGGGAAUCUCUUCUCUCGUUGUAUGUAUAUUUUUCUGGAACUGGCUAAUUUUUUGCUGAUUGUUUGGUGUGGGAAGAAGGGGGUGGGAGUGCGGCAUUGUAUAGCUGGUAUAAUUUCCACAUUUUACUAGGGGUAGUAUAACUCUAUGGCAACUUGCAAGUAUUGUUUGUAGUUUAGGGAGUGGUUAACCCAUAUUUAUUAUGGUUACAUUUGUAGUUCUCAGCAGUAGUACCGUUCUUUGUAUUAUUUUUUCUACAGAUUUUGGUAGUUUUUGAACCAUUAAUGUCAAUCAGGUUUGUGCUAUUUAAAAUAUGUAGGUGAAGAAUCCUUUACUUUAAUCAGUCGAUGGUUAAAAUUGUUGUGGAUUUGGGACUGACAAAUGUCUUUUGCUCUUCAGAAGGCUUAUACCAUAAUUCUUUAAAGAAAAAAAUAAUUCUAGAAUUUCA